AUGGAGUUAAUAGAUAUUGUUAUGGUGGUGGAGACAAUGGGAUUUGAUCAUUUUGGGAGGGCCAUUGAGGGCAGCUUCGGCUCAGACCUCGGGGGUGGGGCGGGAGCUGGGGGCGGGAAGCUGGAUCCAGGACUCAUCAUGGAGCAAGUGAAGGUGCAGAUCGCCGUGGCCAACGCACGGGAGCUGCCGAACAAGUGUUUACGGAAGUGCAUUGAGAAUCCCAGCUGCUCCUUAGACAACUCCAAGCAGAAGUGCAUUGCGGUGUACAUGGAUCGGUUCAUGGACCCCUGGAAUACAGUGUCUCGAGCCUACAACUCAAGGUUACAGCGGGAGCGAGCCAACAUGUGA